CCCCCACGGACAACUGCAUUGUUUAUAGUGACCGGGGCUUGCAGGAGCACGUGUGUCAUAGUCAUGCAGCUUAUGUAGGCCCUGUCUACUUGCAUCAAAUAUGAGGUGUCAUCCUCCGUGGUCACAGCUACGGGCAAAAUGUUGCUUCUUCCCCGUCAGGAAAAAAUCCGGAGGAAUUUGGAUGUGCAAGCGCAUCUUGAAGCCAAUUCGAUCGAUCCUACGGCUCCUGGGAGAGGGCGACAUCUCACGGCCCAUCGAGGAACUGCAAGCCUUCUACUACUGCAUCCUAGUCGUCGAUCGCUACCUUCGCGGCGCGCUGCCGAGACGCGCGUCACCGGAGGACCGAGAGCGCUGGGAGGUCAGCCUGUGGGAGUAUGUCUCUCUCCACACCAUGUUCCAGGGGCGGGAACUGCACAGUCUGUACACACAAAGUCUAAAAGGCUGCCACAGCUUCGAGGCAACCUGUGAUGGGUGGCGCUACAACUUUUUGGCAAGUCGGCUGCUCAGGGCCUGCGCUGACCUUCCAAGGCUUUUCCUGGCCUGGGGUCUCCACAGCGCCCGGACGUUGACGUGGGAACCAGAGGCAGCUGCACUGGGCCCCUCGGCCCAGAAUGGCUGCUCGGCAAGUGAGAGAGCAAGGAAGUUGCAGAGGAGUAGAAAAGGGGGCGAAGAUUUAGCUAGAUUUACCAGCUCACGGAGCAAGAAUGAGGCAGGCUACCUUUCAGCUUAAAAGACAGAAAAUCCUUCACUUCAGACAUCUUUUCUCCAGGAUGAGAAAUGAGGCCUUUCAGUUCGGAAAAGAACUCCCUAAUGGAUCGCGUUCACGUAUUGCAAUAAAAUGGCUCCUAUCAAAGAUAAAUGAUUUGCCAGCCUUCGCUCUUUUGAUCAUUGGAAAGUCUAGAUGAAUGAGCUUCACAAGCCUGCUGUCUUAUCUGCUAAGAAGGUGCUGAGGUGGCGUUGGCAAAAAUGUGAAUUAUUGAGCUUUGUUGCGACACCGGGCCAGCCAGACUAACUGUGCAGUGGCACGUUCACUGCACUGUCAGCAGGGGGCUUUCAUGCAGCCUUGGCACACCUCCCAUAACAUUUUAAUGACCUGCUAUAUAAUUAUUGGACGUGAAGUGUUUUAUCUAGAAGUAUCAGUUAAUCUGCUGUAAUAAAAAUGAACCUUUGUUGAUGUGAGACAGAA